AUGAUUGAUGAAAGUUUGCUCACGUUCUUCGUGAAGAACAACUCAAAGCAGUCUCAGAUUAGCACGGUAUACCACCGCCAGCAUGGCAACGACCCCGAGCCUGCAUACUCCCUGCGGGCCCUCGAUCCCGCUCUCCCGACAUCGAAGAACCGCUACGGUGUCGCGCUAUACGAUCCCUACGUGACCGACGUUGUCUAUGGCGAGGUCGCUGUAGUGCCCGAAUGGACGCAACCUAGUCUCUCAGCAGACACGAUUCGUGCGAAUGGUGGUGCACCACCUCCUCCGGAACCUAUCCUCCCGACCGAGUUCAUGAUCCAGCUCUACAACCCCGACCAGGAGAUCACAGUUAAAUACAAGGCGAAGACGUGGAACCGCCCCGCACGUUGGGAGUUCGAAAUGCCCCAAAAUACGUUCCGGGUUCCCUCUGGUUCCUCACUGGAUCAGAUGCAAAGUGAUCCAGCAACAGCGGACGUGACAGAAAAGCUACGAUUCAGCUGGCGCAAGGAUGGGAAGCUGUCCAAGGAUUUGACCUGCCUGCUCCAUGGAAAGACUUCUACCAUCCCCGAUACACGCACAAAGAGUCGCGAACCUGAUAUUACGGUGGCACUCUUCCAGGGUCUUAAGGAGCUUACUCUCUACGAGCCAAACCUAUACCGGGUGGAGAUGGAGGAUUUCAAAGGAUUGGAGGUCGUGCUACUCCUGGCAACUGUCGCUAUCAAAGACAUCUUCUUUGGCCCUGCAAAGGAAGCUUUCCACAUCACCCCUGGUGGACCCAACCAGAUCGCGCGUAAGCCAGCAGCGGCAGCGGCGACAACAUCAGCUAGCAACGCUCAGCCGGCCCAAAGGAACCCGCAAGCUGCUACCCCUGGUCCCUCCGGUCCGAAGACGAAGCCAUCCCCGCCUCGCCUUAGCAUUCCAAAUUCGUCAUCUCCAGCCCCACAAGAACGGCAACGACAGGACGAACUCGCGCGACAGGAAGAACAGCGACGAGCGCAGGAAGUCUCCGCAGCAAAGCAACGCCGGCGCGACGCAGAGGUCGACAAAGAGACCAAGCGUCUUCAGCAAAUCUACGGCAGAGAAGAGGAGCAAGCGCGCAUGCAGCGCCGUACACCCGCUCCAUCAUCCCGACCUCAUCUUCCACCCCGACAUACCAACCCUUCCCAACCCUACUCCCACCAAUACUCCCAAUCCUCAGCCCAACUAUCAUCCCAACCCCGUCCAUCCCGACAGUCCCGCCCCCAUUCCCACUACCCACCACAAGGCGCACCCGUCCCUACAUUUGCGAAUGCCAACAACCCCUAUCUCCACGCACCAGGUCGCAUGGAUCCCCGCGCCCAGUCCUCAACACACCUGAUGCAAUCACGCCCACAACAACCCUGGCCACAGCCCCGCCCUCAGUCUACAGUUGGCUUCUACGCCCAGCCUACUAGCAGUGGUGCUCUCCCCGCAUCAAAGCCGGCCCCCAAAGUGCAGCAGAAAAAGAGCGGUUUCUUUGGGUUUAGGCGCAAUAAGGAGGAGACUGCUGCUACCAAGCUGGAGAAAAAGCGGAGUUCUAUGUUUUGA